UUCGUGGGUGUAAUUACACAAAUAAAGGUUGUACAAGAUGAUUGGGAAUCCAUAUGUCAUGGGUAUGCUAGCGCAGCAGCAAGCAUUUGCUGCUGUUCAGCUAGCUCACGCCCAAGCUCAAGCACAAAUGCAGCAACAACAAAUACAACAGCAUCAGCAACAACAAAUUAUGAAACCAGAAGUGCUGUCUGAAGAAAAGCUUCAAGAAAAAGCUCGAAAGUGGCAGCAGCUGCAAAGUAAACGGUAUGCCGAGAAAAGGAAAUUUGGAUUUGUCGAUGCUCAAAAAGAAGAGAUGCCUCCAGAACACAUUCGUAAAAUCAUACGUGAUCAUGGAGAUAUGAGUAGUCGAAAGUAUCGUCAUGACAAAAGAGUCUACUUGGGUGCUCUUAAAUAUAUGCCUCAUGCAGUUCUUAAGCUAAUGGAAAACAUGCCAAUGCCAUGGGAACAAAUACGAGACGUCAAAGUUUUGUACCACAUUACUGGCGCUAUAACAUUCGUGAAUGAAAUUCCAUGGGUGAUUGAACCAGUCUACAUCGCUCAAUGGGGUACUAUGUGGAUUAUGAUGCGAAGGGAAAAACGGGAUCGACGACAUUUCAAAAGAAUGAGAUUUCCACCUUUCGAUGAUGAAGAGCCUCCUCUUGACUAUGCUGACAAUAUUCUUGAUGUUGAACCUCUGGAAGCAAUUCAAAUGGAGCUAGAUACCGAAGAAGAUUCUCAAGUUUCCAAGUGGCUUUAUGACCAUAAACCACUGUUGGAUACAAAACAUGUGAAUGGAUCCACCUACCGUAAGUGGAAUCUUGCUCUACCACAGCUUGCAACAUUAUAUCGACUUGCCAAUCAACUCUUAACUGAUUUAGUUGAUGAUAACUACUUCUAUUUAUUUGACCUUAAGUCUUUCUUCACUGCGAAAGCCCUAAACAUGUCUAUACCUGGUGGACCAAAAUUUGAGCCCCUGAUCAAGGAUGCGAAUCCUGCUGAUGAAGAUUGGAAUGAGUUCAAUGACAUAAAUAAAAUUAUCAUUCGUCAGCCAAUCCGCACAGAAUACAGAAUUGCUUUUCCUUAUUUGUACAACAAUUUGCCUCACUAUGUUCAUUUGUCAUGGUAUCAUACUCCUAAUGUAGUGUUUAUCAAGACAGAAGAUCCCGAUUUGCCAGCUUUCUAUUUUGAUCCCUUGAUAAAUCCGAUAUCGCACAGGCAUGCUGUCAAAGGAGCAGAACCUUUGCCUGAUGAUGACGAAGAUUUUGAGCUUCCUGAAUAUGUUCAACCGUUUUUGCAAGACUGUCCUCUAUACACAGACAACACAGCGAAUGGAAUUGCAUUGCUGUGGGCUCCUCGUCCAUUCAACUUGCGUUCUGGGCGAACAAGACGAGCGAUCGAUGUGCCCCUCGUGAAAUCAUGGUAUCGAGAGCAUUGCCCGCCAGGAAUGCCGGUAAAAGUUCGAGUUUCUUACCAGAAGUUAUUGAAGUAUUAUGUGUUGAAUGCAUUGAAGCAUAGGCCUCCAAAGCCACAGAAAAAGCGAUAUUUGUUUAGAUCUUUUAAAUCUACAAAAUUUUUCCAAACUACAACCUUAGAUUGGGUAGAAGUUGGACUCCAUGUUUGUCGGCAAGGGUAUAAUAUGUUAAACUUGUUGAUUCAUCGCAAGAACUUGAACUAUCUGCAUUUAGAUUAUAAUUUUAACUUAAAACCUGUGAAAACUUUAACUACGAAGGAAAGAAAGAAAUCAAGGUUCGGCAAUGCUUUUCAUCUUUGUCGUGAAAUUUUGAGGCUGACGAAACUCGUUGUCGACAGUCACGUUCAGUAUCGAUUGAAUAACGUUGAUGCUUUUCAAUUAGCGGAUGGUUUACAGUAUAUCUUUGCUCAUGUUGGUCAGUUAACUGGUAUGUAUCGCUACAAGUACAAACUAAUGAGACAGAUACGGAUGUGUAAGGACUUGAAGCAUCUGAUUUAUUAUCGCUUCAACACUGGCCCCAUAGGAAAAGGACCUGGCUGUGGAUUUUGGGCUCCAGGUUGGAGAGUGUGGCUUUUCUUUAUGCGGGGAGUGACUCCUCUUCUUGAACGUUGGCUAGGAAAUUUGCUGUCGAGACAAUUUGAGGGUAGACAUUCCAAGGGAGUUGCUAAAACUGUAACAAAGCAACGUGUGGAGAGCCAUUUUGACCUUGAGUUGCGAGCAUCUGUCAUGCAUGAUAUUUUGGACAUGAUGCCUGAAGGCAUGAAGCAAAACAAAGCAAGAACCAUUUUGCAGCACCUUAGUGAAGCAUGGCGGUGUUGGAAAGCUAACAUUCCAUGGAAGGUUCCAGGUUUGCCCAUUCCGAUUGAAAAUAUGAUAUUGCGUUAUGUCAAGAUGAAAGCUGAUUGGUGGACAAAUACUGCCCAUUAUAAUCGAGAACGUAUACGCAGAGGUGCUACAGUAGACAAAACUGUGUGCAAGAAGAAUUUGGGUAGAUUGACUCGUUUAUAUCUAAAAGCAGAACAAGAAAGACAGCAUAACUAUUUGAAGGAUGGUCCUUACAUCAGUGCUGAAGAAGCAGUUGCUAUAUACACUACCACUGUACAUUGGCUCGAGAGUCGCAGAUUUUCUCCCAUUCCGUUUCCGCCACUCUCCUACAAACAUGAUACUAAACUUCUCAUUCUUGCAUUGGAACGUUUGAAAGAAGCUUACAGCGUAAAGAGUCGAUUGAAUCAAUCUCAAAGAGAAGAACUGGGGUUAAUUGAACAAGCCUAUGAUAAUCCUCAUGAAGCGUUGUCACGUAUAAAACGUCAUCUUUUGACUCACAGGCAAUUUAAGGAAGUUGGCAUUGAAUUUAUGGACCUUUACAGUCAUCUCAUUCCAGUAUAUGAUGUAGAGCCAUUGGAGAAGAUUACAGACGCUUACCUGGAUCAAUAUCUUUGGUAUGAAGCCGAUAAGAGACGUUUGUUUCCCCCAUGGAUAAAGCCGGCCGAUUCCGAACCUCCACCACUGUUGGUGUAUAAAUGGUGUCAAGGAAUCAAUAACUUGCAAGAUGUCUGGGAUACUUCUGAAGGUGAAUGCUGUGUCAUGUUAGAGUCUCGCUAUGAAAAAAUGUAUGAAAAGAUUGAUUUAACAUUGCUGAACAGACUAUUAAGACUGAUUGUUGACCACAACAUUGCAGAUUACAUGACGGCAAAAAGUAAUGUUAUCAUUAAUUACAAGGAUAUGAACCACACUAAUUCCUAUGGUAUAAUAAGGGGUCUACAGUUUGCAUCUUUCAUAGUCCAGUAUUAUGGAUUGGUACUAGAUCUACUGGUUCUUGGGUUACAAAGAGCGAGUGAAAUGGCCGGGCCACCUCAAAUGCCUAAUGAUUUCUUGACAUACAAAGAUGUUGCUACAGAAACUGCUCAUCCCAUACGACUGUAUUCAAGAUACAUUGAGCGCAUGCACAUUUUCUUCCGUUUUACUGCUGAAGAAGCCCGUGACUUGAUUCAGAGAUAUUUGACACAGCAUCCUGAUCCUAACAAUGAAAAUAUUGUUGGUUAUAACAACAAAAAAUGUUGGCCUCGUGAUGCUCGUAUGAGGCUGAUGAAACAUGAUGUUAAUCUUGGCCGUGCUGUCUUUUGGGACAUAAAGAACCGACUACCUCGUUCAGUUACAACAGUUCAGUGGGAAAGUAGCUUUGUUUCUGUUUAUAGUAAAGAUAACCCUAAUUUGCUAUUUAAUAUGAGUGGGUUUGAGUGCAGAAUUUUACCGAAAUGCCGAAUGACUCAUGAAGAAUUCACGCAUAAGGAUGGUGUCUGGAAUUUGCAAAAUGAAGUAACUAAGGAACGUACUGCUCAGUGUUUCUUAAGAGUAGAUGAUGAAUCCAUGCAAAGAUUUCAUAACAGAGUUCGUCAAAUUCUGAUGGCUUCUGGUUCAACUACGUUUACUAAAAUAGUAAACAAAUGGAACACCGCCUUGAUUGGAUUAAUGACCUAUUUCAGGGAAGCUGUUGUUAACACGCAAGAGCUACUUGAUUUGUUAGUAAAGUGUGAAAAUAAGAUUCAAACUCGUAUCAAGAUUGGUUUGAAUUCAAAAAUGCCUAGUCGGUUUCCGCCAGUUGUCUUCUACACACCAAAAGAGUUGGGAGGACUUGGUAUGUUGUCUAUGGGCCAUGUUCUCAUACCACAGUCUGAUCUUAGAUGGUCGAAGCAAACAGAUGUUGGAAUUACCCAUUUUAGGUCUGGAAUGAGCCAUGAUGAAGAUCAAGUUAUUCCUAAUCUCUAUCGUUACAUACAACCAUGGGAAAGUGAAUUUAUUGAUUCUCAAAGAGUAUGGGCUGAGUAUGCUUUAAAAAGACAAGAAGCUUUGGCACAAAAUCGACGUUUGACACUUGAAGAUUUGGAAGACAGUUGGGAUCGUGGAAUACCCAGAAUAAACACAUUGUUUCAGAAAGACCGACAUACUUUGGCAUACGAUAAAGGCUGGAGAGUUCGUACCGACUUUAAACAAUAUCAAGUCUUGAAGCAGAAUCCAUUUUGGUGGACACACCAACGUCACGAUGGUAAGCUGUGGAAUCUGAAUAACUACCGUACUGAUAUGAUUCAAGCCCUGGGUGGAGUAGAAGGAAUAUUGGAACAUACUUUGUUUAAGGGAACUUAUUUCCCUACCUGGGAAGGACUGUUUUGGGAGAAAGCGAGCGGAUUUGAAGAAUCUAUGAAGUACAAAAAGCUAACUAAUGCACAGAGAUCUGGUUUGAAUCAAAUUCCAAACCGUAGGUUUACUCUCUGGUGGUCACCAACAAUCAAUCGAGCUAAUGUUUAUGUUGGUUUUCAAGUUCAGCUUGAUUUGACUGGAAUUUUCAUGCAUGGAAAAAUACCCACCCUGAAGAUUUCUUUGAUUCAAAUAUUUAGAGCUCAUUUAUGGCAGAAAAUUCAUGAAAGCAUUGUUAUGGAUUUGUGCCAAGUUUUUGAUCAGGAACUGGAUGCAUUGGAGAUCGAGACUGUCCAGAAAGAAACGAUCCAUCCUAGAAAAUCUUACAAAAUGAACAGCUCAUGUGCUGAUAUCUUGCUCUUUGCAGCAUAUAAAUGGAGUUGUUCUAGGCCAUCUUUACUUGCCGACUCCAAAGAUACUAUGGAUGUUACCAGCACUCAGAAGUAUUGGAUUGAUGUUCAGUUGAGAUGGGGUGAUUACGAUUCUCAUGACAUAGAAAGAUAUGCUCGUGCGAAAUUUUUGGAUUAUACAACGGACAAUAUGAGUAUCUAUCCUUCUCCUACAGGUGUUCUCAUUGCAAUUGAUCUGGCUUACAACUUGCAUAGUGCUUAUGGAAAUUGGUUUCCUGGAGCUAAGCCUUUAAUUCAGCAAGCAAUGGCAAAAAUAAUGAAAGCAAAUCCUGCAUUAUAUGUAUUAAGAGAAAGAAUAAGAAAAGGACUUCAGCUAUAUUCUUCAGAACCAACUGAGCCUUAUUUAUCAUCUCAAAAUUAUGGUGAAUUGUUUUCCAAUCAAAUCAUCUGGUUUGUUGAUGACACUAAUGUAUAUCGUGUUACAAUCCACAAAACUUUUGAAGGUAAUCUUACUACAAAACCAAUAAAUGGUGCUAUUUUUAUUUUUAAUCCUCGUACAGGACAAUUAUUUUUGAAGAUUAUCCAUACUUCUGUGUGGGCAGGUCAAAAACGUCUUGGUCAGUUAGCUAAGUGGAAAACUGCUGAAGAAGUAGCAGCUUUGAUUAGAUCAUUACCUGUUGAAGAACAGCCCAAGCAAAUUAUUGUCACCCGUAAAGGCAUGUUGGAUCCUUUAGAAGUACAUUUACUUGAUUUUCCUAACAUCGUUAUUAAAGGUAGUGAGUUACAAUUACCUUUCCAAGCUUGUUUAAAAGUUGAGAAAUUUGGAGAUUUAAUUCUGAAAGCUACUGAGCCUCAGAUGGUUCUUUUUAACCUGUAUGAUGAUUGGCUGAAAACAAUUUCGUCAUACACUGCAUUUUCUCGUUUAAUUUUGAUCUUGAGAGCGUUGCAUGUAAACAAUGAGCGUACUAAAGUUAUUUUGAAACCAGAUAAAACUACCGUUACAGAAUUGCACCACAUAUGGCCCACCCUUACAGAUGAAGAAUGGAUCAAAGUUGAAGUUCAGUUGAAAGAUUUGAUUUUGGCGGAUUAUGGGAAAAAGAAUAAUGUCAAUGUUGCUUCUCUAACACAAUCAGAAAUAAGAGAUAUUAUACUUGGAAUGGAAAUAUCAGCUCCUUCUGCUCAAAGGCAACAGAUUGCCGAGAUUGAGAAACAGACAAAGGAACAAACACAGCUAACUGCAACCACAACAAGAACUAUCAACAAACAUGGAGAUGAAAUCAUCACGUCAACAACAAGUAAUUAUGAGAAAGAUACGUUUGCAUCAAAGACAGAAUGGAGAGUACGUGCUAUUUCUGCUACCAAUCUGCAUCUGCGUACAAAUCAUAUCUACGUAUCAUCAGAUGAUAUAAAAGAAACUGGCUAUACUUACAUCUUGCCAAAAAAUAUAUUGAAGAAGUUUAUUAUUGCCUCAGAUUUAAGAACGCAAAUUGCUGGUUAUUUGUAUGGUGUGAGCCCAUCUGAUCAGCCUCAAGUGAAGGAAAUUCGUUGUAUUGUAAUGGCUCCUCAGUGGGGAACCCAUCAAAUGGUUCACUUGCCGAAUAUAUUGCCCAGUCAUGAGUAUCUACAAGAAAUGGAGCCUCUUGGCUGGAUUCACACACAACCUAAUGAAUUGCCUCAGCUAUCCCCACAAGAUGUCACUACUCAUGCCAACAUCAUGAAUGACAACCCGUCAUGGGAUGGAGAAAAAACUAUUGUUAUUACAUGCAGUUUUACUCCUGGUUCAUGUUCUCUAACUGCUUAUAAAUUGACGCCAAGCGGUUACGAUUGGGGUCGACAGAAUACCGAUCGAGGCAACAACCCCAAAGGCUACUUACCCUCUCAUUAUGAAAGAGUUCAGAUGCUUUUGACCCAUCGCUUUUUGGGUUUCUUCAUGGUACCAGCCCAAGGAUCUUGGAAUUAUAAUUUCAUGGGUGUUCGUCAUGAUGCAGCAAUGAAAUAUGAUUUGCAGCUGGCAAAUCCAAAAGAGUUUUAUCAUGAAUUGCACAGACCUUCUCAUUUUUUGAACUUCAGCAAUAUUGAAGAUAGUGAAGGUGUUGGCGCUGAUCGUGAGGAUUAUUAUUCAUGAACAUUUUCAUCUGGCAUACAUAUUUUUAAUGUCAAUUCAAAAAAAAAAAAAAAAAAUACUGCUGUAAAUUCUUGUUACCUGUUGGAAAUACUUGCUUUCAGGAUCCGAUUCUUAAUUUAGUAAUAAUAAUAAAAUGAAUGAAAUUU